CGAGCGUCACUCUAACAGUCCCCUCAGCGCGAGCGGUGUGUCUGUGCCUCUGGACCGGCCGCAGGAUUACAUGCUAACGGAGAACAGUGCGCGACACAUACUAAGGAUAUCCGUUCCUAUUGUGCAAUAUGACUUUUGAAGAACCGUGUGGAGACAACGCAACUGAAAGAAUGGACUCGGUUGAGAAGGCACUGGAAGAGGUCCUGACUGCUGCGUUACCUCAGGGUUGCAUCACUGUGGGAGUCUAUGAGGCGGCGAAGUCACUGAACGUGGACCCAGACAACGUGGUUUUAUGUCUGCUGGCCACAGACGAGGAGGAUGUGAAAGACGUCGCGCUUCAGAUUCAUUUUACCUUGAUUCAAGCGUUCUGCUGCGAGAACGACAUCAAUAUCUUACGAGUGAACAACAUGAGACGUCUGGCAGAGAUCCUGGAGGGCGUGAAACCGGGAGGAGAGUCGAUGGACCUCCACUGCGUAUUAGUCACCAAUCCACAGUCGUCCACGUGGAAGGAUCCAGCCCUCGGCAAACUGAACCGAUUCUGCAGAGACAGUCGGGGAUUGGACCAGUGGGUGCCGGUCAUCAAUCUCCCCGAGCGAUGAACGGAAGCGGGCCGAUAAUGUCGGAGCUUUUCGCAGGCUCCUGCGCUAGAUUUGUGUUCCUCUUUGGAUGAAGCCUAACGCCUCUGAGAAUGAGACACGAGGGGGAUUAACGAAGUGCAAUGGAUGAUGUUUUUCCAGCAAACCCGAUGAUCAAAAGUGUGGGUUUUGCUUGUCGGCCGAUUCAUGGUUUCACCUCAGAGCAGGAAGAAUGACUCAGCACUGUCAGUGCUGCCAGGGAGCGACAAGUUUGCCGGGAACCGUACAGGAAACUGAAUCACACAUGCUGGAUUAGAGCACUAAGAGUGAGCUGAGAGACUGGAAUCUACUCACUGAAAUGUGAUCAGACUGUCAGAGGUCAGAUGGACCGUUAAAUGAUGGACAUGUCCCUUUUUUGCAGACAUGCUGCAAUUUUAAAAGGCCCUAACUUAUGGUGUUAAUGCUGUCUUGUAUUAUAAUUAUUUAAAAGGGAAUAUACUACAGUCUUUACUGAUUUAGAUAGAAAUUAGUUACUUGUUUUUUUUUUGAUUCAACCGUUCUGCUCCGUAUUUUAAACUGUUAAUUUUAAACUUAAUUUAUUGAUUGUAUUUAUAUUGUUGCGUUCAUUGUCAGAAAUGUAAAAAAUAAAAUGUCUGAAUCGUGUGCAUCAGUGUUUCUGCCUGUGAAAUGCAUAGCUUUAUGUAUUUAUUGCGUUCAUGCAUCGUGUCUUAAAACACUGCACACGAUAUAUCGGUACCAUAUCCGUUAUCAGAUUUUAAAUGCAAUCUCUAAUUGCCAUAUUUUUACAUUUUUAGAUGUUUAUUCAUAACAAAUGCUAAUAAAUUAACUGCAAUGUUAAAAUGUA